AGAGGAAAAGACGUGACGCCAGCAGUCGCUCCAGCCUCUGCCGCUGCUUUCUACCUCGCUCGGACACUGAGCUGAGAGUUAAUUUGGUAGCUGUAAUUUGUUGGUUAUUUCCCACAAAACUGCUUCAAAGUGAGAUUCUGCUGAUAGUCCUCCACAUGCCUGGAGCCUCCCAGUUGUUUGUUAUUAUAAGCGCUUAUGUAUUUCCACGGGGUUUGCCGUCUAUGAACAACAGGUUGCUCUCACUUUUCCUAUAGGCUUCCUACUACCGCUGGAAUACUUCUAUUGUUUUUCUAACCAUUUUGUUUUUGUUGGACAGAGGAUGUUGUCAUGUGUGUUUUUUCCUGUAGUUAGUAGUGCAGGUUGUAUGUGAGGUUCAAUGGGAGGAGAAAACUAGGUUACAUCUGAAUCUGCCGGGACAUCUUCUUUAAGUUUUUCUGCUGAGGAGUUUCUCUACUUUUUGGACGGAGGAGGACUUUGGGUUUAUUCUAUAUCUGAAUGUGAGACUCAGCCAUGCUGCUUCUGCUGCUGGUGCUUCUGCCGCUACUGCAAACUUCACUGCAACAGACUCCUCCUCCUGGUCGAUGUGAUAUACCACAGAGGACGGAUGUAUACACCGAGUGCACUUCCUGUGCCGCAGCCAUCACCAGCAGCUGCCCCCAUGGCUUCAGCAAGGUGGGCACCACCAACUGCAGUUACGUGGUGCAGAUCGGCGGCAGGCAGCUGGAGCUGCAGGGAUGUCAUCACUCGUGUUCCAAAUCUUUCGUGCAUCCAAUGUGCUGUACACAACACUGGGGACCUCUGUGUCUCCCCUGCCCACGCUGGUCAGGGAAGACCUGUAACUUUAAUGGAGUCUGUGUGGAUGGAGAUGUAGGCAAUGGGACCUGUGUCUGUAACGACGGUUUCUCGGGCUUUGCCUGCCAGGAGUGUAAAAACCAGAACGCCUUUGGAGAAAAGUGUGAUAAAGAGUGUGACUGUGUGCAUGGAGUGUGUAAUAAAGGUCCAGAAGGUGACGGACAAUGUUUGUGUCAGCCUCCGUACACUGGGAAGCGCUGUGACCAAGUGAGUAACAGGUGCAAUAACUGCAGCCCCUACUCGUACUGUAAAGGAGAAGGAGACACGGCCGAAUGUGAAUGUUUGCCUGGAUACAGAAAGACACCCCAGAACACAUGCGCAAGUGUUUGUUCUAGAAAGGACUGUGAUGUAAAUGCAGACUGCUCCUCACAACGGUCAAAGGUCAUCUGCACUUGUAAGCCUGACUACCAGGGCGACGGUCGGAUCUGCAUACCCCGAAAUCCUUGCUCAGAAAACAAUGGAGGGUGUCCCAGCAACUCUACUGUUUGUGUAUUCAAAGGACCCAACAAGUCCAGCUGUGAGUGUAUGUUUGGUAUGUCCCCUAUCCGCGGAAACCCUGAGUUGGGUUGUCAGCUCGUCUCUGCCUGCUCAGCAGACACCUGUGACCCCUCAGCACUCUGUCAGACUGGACUGGAUGGACAACCCAGGUGUGUGUGUGAGGUCGGUCAGAUUGGCGACGGCCGACGUUGCUAUGGUAACCUGAUGGAGCGUCUCAUAGAGCUGGACCGGAGUGGCAGCCAGAGAGAAAAUCUAACCGGAGCUGUUGCCCUCUUUGAGAAAGGAUGUACACUACACCUGAGUCAAAACGGACCCUUCACAGCUUUCAUCCCCCUGCUGAAAACACCUCUGACUGGUAUUAAUGAGGCGUUGGUGUGUAAAAACCACCUGAUCCUGGGCCAGCACCUCUACAAGGACAUGGAGGGACGAGACUUUGACUUGUUCGGAGGAGCCAAACUAAGAAUUAAAGAAAACAAGAGGUUCAUCCUGAUGGACGACCCCAGCAGACUGUACACUGUCAUCCAGCAAGACCUGCCGGCAGCCAACGGCAUCAUCCACAUCAUAGACCAGCCAAUCACGAACACACUUUCAGACAGCCCUGCCCGAGAUGAAAAGUUUGCUGACAAGACAAUUGCAGAGAUUUUGACUAAGGAUGGAAAGUACAACCGCUUCCUUUCUUUGGUUGAUAACUGCGGGUCUCCUCCCCCUCUGCGCGGUCCCGGGCCGCUCACUGUGUUUGUCCCGACCAACCAGGCUGUGGACCGAGCACGAGAUGGCAGCAUCCUGUACAUGCUGAAUGAUGCCAAACAUAAACUUCAGGAACUCCUCAGACACCAUGUUUUCUCCCAGGCUGUGCUGACAGCUGACGAGUUGGCAACUCUUCCAGAGAUUCAGACGAUGGCAAAUCAGAAGGUCACCAUCACUGUGUCCGAUGACGGCAACAUCCUCUUGGGUGAGAAGGGCAUCCGUUUGGCAAGUACCAACAUUGUUGCAUCCAAUGGGAUCAUACACAUGAUUGAUGGGCUGCUGUAUCCGCCCUCCAUCCUUCCCAUCCUGCCUCAUCGCUGUGACGUCAUUGAGAGCAAGAUCACUGUGGGUCCAUGUGUUCACUGCAGUUACCUCUAUGAAACUGAGUGUCCAGCAGGCACCGUUGAAUUGGAUUAUCAUUUGACUGGCUGUGAAUAUGUCACCUCUCCUCUCAAACCAACUCCCAGUAAAGGCUGCGCGAAAUACUGCAAUACCACCAGACAGGUGCCCGAGUGUUGUAAAGGUUUCUAUGGCCCGGACUGUAAACCCUGUAUUGGAGGUUUCCAGCAUCCCUGCUAUGAUAAAGGAAUAUGCUCUGAUGGUAUCACUGGCAACGGCUCAUGCAGCUGUCAGCCCGGCUUGCGGGGCAUUGCUUGCCACAUUUGUGCAGAUUCUAACAAGCAUGGAGAAAACUGCGAUGAAGACUGUCGCUGUGUCCAUGGCGUGUGCGAUAACCGUCCAGGCAGCGGUGGUGUGUGUCGGAGAGGCUCCUGCUUGGAGGGAUACUCCGGUGACAACUGUGACAAGACGGCCACGCCCUGCAACUCUGAUGGACUCCUGGAGCACUGUCACAUCCACGCAUACUGCACACACACGGGACUGAACACCAUAUGUGUGUGUAAGGAUGGAUAUGACGGUGAUGGUCACUCCUGUACAGCCAUCAACCUCUGCCUGAAGAACAGUCGGGGAGGCUGCGACACCAAUGCUGAGUGUAUCUAUGUGGGUCCAGGUAAUGUGUCGUGUGUGUGUGCCGAGGGCUGGACAGGUGAUGGCAAAGCGUGUAUGGAGAUUAAUAACUGUGAACUAGAGAGUCGAGGAGGCUGCAGUCCCAACGCUCUCUGUAGAUACAUCGGACCUGGACAGAGUGAGUGUACUUGUAAAACUGGUUACAUGGGGAAUGGCAACGUGUGUGACCUCAUCAACCCCUGCCUCGUAAAUAAUGGAGGCUGCCAUGACCUGGCAAAAUGUGAGUUGAAGGAGGGCGGACCUCACACCUGCACCUGUCCUGAGGGCUAUGCUGGAAAUGGAAACAUCUGCUAUGGAUCACUGAUGGAUGAGCUGGACAUGAACCCAAAGCUGUACAAUUUCCACCGGCUGAUCCAGAAGUUCAGUAACUCCCCCAAGGACCUGAGUGGCAACAUCACUGUGUUGGUUCCAUCCAGAGAAGCUCUGAAGAACUUGAGUUCAGCCGAUGACGCGUUCUGGACCAGCCGACACCACCUUCCUCACUUCCUGCGGGCCCACUUCUUACAGGGGAUUUACUCUCUUGAAGAUCUGGACAAACUGGUGGGUAGCAGAGUUCCUACCCUCAACACCCCCACCCAAUGGGAGAUCAACAACAGCAGUGGGGUGACCCGCAUUGGUAAUGCCUCCAUCCUCACCCACAACAUGCCUGCAAUCAACGGCUACAUCCACAUCAUAGAUCGGAUUCUGGCACCUCCACGAUCAGACCUCCCCCCCGAUCCUCCCUCCCUGAUGGCCUUCCUGAACUCCUCCACCAAUUUCACUCUGUUCAGACAGUACUGCCCAAUGUACAACUUGUCAGAGGCUCUGAGUGGUGUUGAUUUCACCCUCCUGCUGCCAACAGAUGAGGCCAUCAAGCAGUACCUCAGCAGGACUAACUCCUCCAUCAUGGAUUCUGAUGUUUUCAAGUACCAUGUGAUUCCCAACGAGCUGGUCUUCCCUAACCACCUUUAUGACGGCAUUUUGAAAAGCACACUGCUCAGCAGCGACUACCAGGUCCAGUUUCACUUAAACGACAAAAACCAGACAUUCGUGAAUGAUGUUCCUAUUGACGGCAGUUUCCAUGAGACACAGUACGGCGUGAUUAUAGUCCUUCCUCAGGUCCUCAAAGUCCGCCGCAACAGAUGCUCCAAACAGAUCAACCUGCAGGUCAAUGGACGAUGUUCAGACUGUGAUGGGCCACCUCGAUGCCUCUUCAGCUACAAACCAAUCAGAGCACAGUUUCCGGCCAACAUGCGAUCUAACUGUAGAUAUAGGAAGCGGAUUGGAUCAAGGAGGAAGUCUGUGGCGGGCUGUGUCAUCAAAUGUCUUCGGGUCACAACGGACCACUCUUGCUGCCCUGGGUUCUAUGGGCAUGAGUGCUUCAAAUGCCCGGGAGAUGAUGGCAACUGGUGCUCCGGUCAUGGGGAGUGUCAGGAUGGUAACCAUGGCAAUGGUGAGUGCCGUUGCUACGAGGGUUUCCAUGGCACUGCGUGCGAGGACUGUGAGCCGGGACGAUACGGAGUUAACUGCUCCUCCAAGUGUGUGUGUGACCACGGGAAGUGUGAGGAUGGUCUGGCAGGUAGUGGCAGAUGUGUGUGUUAUAAAGGCUGGAAAGGAACUUCCUGCUCUGCAGAAAUCAAGGAUGACGCCUGUGGAGGUGUGUGUGACGAGAAUGCAAACUGUAUAACGGGGCCACAAGGGUCAGCUCCUGCCUGUCUGUGUGUGGCUGGAUAUGAAGGAAAUGGAACUUACUGUAAAGAGCUGGAUUUGUGCAGCAGGUUAAAUGGCGGAUGUUCAGAGUUUGCAGUCUGUACUAAAAUCUCAGCCGGAGAGAGGACCUGUACGUGUAAAGAGGGUUACACUGGAGAUGGGGUCGUCUGCGUGGAGAUUGAUGGCUGUCUUGUCGACAAUGGAGGCUGCCACAAGUCAGCAGAGUGUAUCAGAGCAGGCCCCAACAUUACGUCCUGCAGGUGUCAGCUGGGUUUCCAAGGACCAGGGAGGUUCUGUUACCCGGUCAACCCCUGCAGAAAUAACAAUGGUGGGUGCAGUAGGUAUGCUCACUGCGAGUACUUGGGUGGAGGUCAAAGGAACUGCACCUGCCACAGAAACCAUGUGGGGGAUGGCUUUGAUUGCAGAGGAACCACACACAAUGAGUUGUAUCGACAGACAGAGAAUGCUUUCUUUCGUCAAAUGUUAUCAAUUUCAGACUCUUCUGGUCUUUAUGGUAGUGGACCAUUCACUGUCUUCGUCCCUGUAAAGGAAACCAAUGAAACUUCUACUACUGACAAAUGGAAGCAGAAUGGUCGUCUUUACGAUCUGGUUCGUUAUCACUUUGUUUCCUGUGAGACUUUGACCUUCAGUGACCUCAAAACCACACAACGUCUUGUCUCCGUGUCUGGACACAUGCUGCACAUCAGCCUGCAGCAGGGUUCGGUCGUGAUCAACAACAGAUCAAGAAUUGUGAAGAGUGAUUAUAUCACAAGUAAUGGAAUCAUUCACCACAUCGACUCUAUGCUGACACCUUACAGUCUGGAGGACAAAUCGCCCAUCAUGCCUUCCACGAUGAACUUCAGCAUGGCAGCUACAUUUUAUGGCUACACGCGAUUCUACAAUCUUGUGAAGGAUGCAGGGUUACUCCCUGAGCUCCAGAUGGCCAUCCACCAACCAUUCACCGUGUUCUGGCCUACAGACAAGGCCCUCGACUCCCUGCCAGCUGAAAGACAGCGCUGGCUCUCCAGCCCUGACCACCAGAAUGAACUUGCUGCCACUUUGAAGGCUCACAUUAUACGCGACUCAAAGCUCAUGGGUAUUGGUCAGCCAAGUAAAUACUCGUCAUUCCGCACCAUGCACGGAUCCACCAUCAAGUACAGCUGUGACAGGUCCCUUGUGGGUGAAGUUCUGAUUAAUGAUAAUGCAGCCAGAGUAGUUGAGCGCUUCAUGAACUUCAAAGAGGGUGUGGCUUACGGCAUCGACCAGUUGCUGGAGCCACCCGGCCUUGGAGCGUACUGCGACACCAUACAAAACAAAACCACUUACGGCCUCUGUGGAAGCUGCCUGUUCCCUCCAUCCUGUCCGUUCAAACACCAAGACACUGGAAGCACACAGCGUUGUGUAAGCUUUCGCCCCAGGUAUGGUUACGCUCAAGGACUUGGUUAUUCAUACCCUAAAUGGUAUGGCGAGAGGUGGAGGGACUGCAAGAAAGUUUGUCAGUUUCCUUUCUGGGUCGUAAAGUGCUGCAAAAACCACUACAGCCGAGACUGUGAAGUGUGCCCAGGUGGCUUGGAAGCCCCUUGUAACAACCACGGAGUAUGUGAUGACGGUAUUACUGGUUCGGGAAAGUGUAGGUGCGACAAAGGAUUCAAAGGACGAGCCUGUGAAUUGUGCUCCAAGGGCUACUACGGACCCAACUGCACAGCCUGUAACUGUGGGAUAAAGGGGAAGUGCGAUGAGGGCAUUGAAGGUUCUGGACGGUGCGUCUGUAGUUUAGGCUGGGACGGCGAUCGCUGCCAGAACAAAAUGGAGGUGAUCCCAGAGGAAUGCCGUCAGUGCCACGAUCAGGCUGAAUGUGUGAGAGGCGUUGGGUGUCAGUGCAAAUCCGGAUUCCAGGGGAACGGCACAUUUUGCAGUCCAGAGUCACCUCCAGACCUCUGCUCCGAGUACAACGGAGGCUGUCACCAGAACGCAAACUGUAGCCAGACGGGACUCCUCGUCAACUGUACCUGUCUCAGUGGUUACUAUGGAGAUGGAUACUCCUGUGAUCCCAUCAACAGAUGUGUUGAAGAGCAGAAUGGUGGCUGCAGUGACUUUGCCUCCUGCAAGUUCACUGGUCCUAAUGAGCGGGAGUGUGAGUGCCUCCCAGGAUACGUGGGUAAUGGAGUCCAGUGUUUGGAGAAGGUGGUGCCCCCUGUUGACCGCUGCCUGGAAGACAAUGGAGGCUGCGCACCUGAGGCCAUCUGCAAGGAUCUGCAUUACCAUGCCAACACAGCCGGCGUGUUCCACCUGCGUUCUCCAGCCGGGAAGUACAAGAUGAACUUCAGUCAGGCCGACGCAGCCUGCCAGGCCGACGGCGCCACACUGGCCAGCUUCAAACAGCUGGGAGACGCACAGCAGCUGGGGAUGCAUCUGUGCGUGGCCGGCUGGAUGGAGGGGGGGAAGGUGGGAUACCCGACGCGCUUCCCCUCUGUCAGGUGUGGAGAUAAUCACGUGGGCCUUGUUAUAUACAAAGACCCUGUAGACCAGAGCAGCACGUACGAUGCCUACUGCUACAGACUCAAAGAUGUUUCGUGUUCGUGUCCUGCUGCUUACGUUGGAAACGGAGAUUUCUGUCACGGUGUACUGACCAGCGUCCUCGCCACCUACAGCAACUUCUCCAUCUUUUACAAGUUGUUGCUGGACUACAGCGGCUUGUCCUCGGAGGGAAAAGAGGUGGUUGAUUUUCUGUCUCACAGGCAGUCUGAAGUUACGCUGUUUGUUCCUCACAACAGCGGCUUCGCCCCAAACCAGACUCUGUCUGGAAGAGACCUCCAGUAUCACAUCUCAGUCAAUCACAGCAGACGACCAUUCAACGACCUGAGGCACCGGGAAGUCAUCGCAUCGAGGCUCGGCUUCAACCUGACUGUAACCCAUGGCAACAAUGAGAGCUUUAAAUUGGUGAACAAGCGGCUGCUGGUGGAGUGGGACAUUCCUGCUGUAAAUGGGAUCAUCCACGUCAUCGAGGCUCCGCUGACGGCACCUCCCCCGCCGAUCUCCCACGACGCCUCCCGGAGCCACGCCCACUCGAGCGGCAUGGCGUCGGCCAUCUUGGUGUCUCUGUUCCUGCUGUGUUUGUUGGCCGCACUCGGCUUCUACGUCUUCAAGCACAAGACGGACGCCUUCCGCUUUCAUUACUUCAGAAAUGACGAUGAGGACGGUGCGACUGGCGGCAGGACCAAGCCCACGCUGGUCUCCAUACCCAACCCACUGUACAGCGGCUCCAGGGCCUUCAGCGAACCGUUUGGGGAACCAAGUCCAGAGGUGGAACCAGCAGAACCUGAAGAACCUCCAAACCUCCUGGACCUGUACCAGUAAAAACCACCUGAACCAGGAUAAAACCACAAGAAAUCGUUGGCUUCAACAUGCUUCAGCUUUAUGCAGUUCAUCUGUAUCUAAAUAUGAAAUAAAAGUUCACUAAACUCUG